GUAUAGAUGCAUGUGUAUAAAUCAAGUCGAUACUUCACCCACAGAUUUUCUCUUAAAUCUUUCUCCACACAACAGUUCAAUCUCAAGAACCUAAAAAAGAGAGUUAUUUUCUUUUACAAAACACAAUAAAAAAAGAAGGAAAAUGUUGGGUUCAUCAGAAUGGAGUAGUGGAUGCGAGUCAGGAUGGACUUUGUACUUAGACCAUUCUGUUUCUUCUUUUCCAAGUUCUUCUUGUUUCAAAGACAUCAAUGGGUUUGAAAACGGAAGAAGAAGCAAAGAUUCAUGGAGUCAAAACUAUGUGCAUCCAGAAGAAGAUGAAGAAGAAGAUUUGUCGAUGAUGUCAGAUGCAUCUUCUGGCCCAAGGAAUAUUUGUGAGGAAGAUUCUGUGAAAAAGUUAAACAGUGUUGGUCCCAAGAAACAGAACAAGAGUGAAAAGAAAAGAAGAAAUUAUGAGAAAACGAACUCGGUUCUUGAUGAUACUGCUAGUUCUCAUAUCUUGCAGCAAAGUGCGGGUGAUAAUAAGAUAGAGCAAACCUUUCCAGAGAGUACAUUGGAUUAUUCGCAAGGCUUCUCGGCAACUCACAUUCAGGACAAAGCAGCAUUUCAAGAACAAUAUGGUUAUUUGCAAAUGGAGACAAGAUACUAGAUAACCAGAGGUGGUUUUUAGUGUGAAGAUCGAAAUGAAGAGCAGCUAUUUUGGACAAAUUAGAAGAAACUUGUAUUCAAGUAAGAAAGGAAGGGCUAGAGGAAAAAAAUGCCAUAGAAAAAAACCCAAAAUGAAGAUAUACGACCAAAGAAAGGUUCUCAAAUCUCCAAUAGUUCAGAUUUUUUUUCUUUUUUUUGCAAUUUCGCCACAAACGAGCUUUUCCUUGUAGCCUCCCUUAUGUAACUCUUGGUUUACAACACUUCAAUUGCAGUUUUUCUUGUCAUAGUGUAGCA